AUGUCUAGUAGCGACUCAUCAUCAGAUUAUCAUUCUACUUCUCCUUCUCUUGAUCACUCAGAAGCAUCGGCUACUUCGUCGUCAGCAAAUGCAAAGGCAACAGCAAGAGCAUCCACCACUACCACAACAGCAUCUGCAUCUGCAUCUGCAACAGUGACAGCAGUUGUGAAUACAGGCUUGUUACCUUACUCAUCUUUGCUUAAAGACGAGCUUGUUGACACUAUGGCUGAUUUAGUAAAAUCGGAAAUGCUGCUGGAGAAAAAACCCGAUGACAAUGAGGAAAAUGAGAGAAUCAGACGAAAAAAGAGGAAGCUGGAAGUUUUGUUGGAAUUAAACAAGCUAGAAGAUGAACUGGCUGAUGAUGCCAAGAGAAGAAAAGAUAAAUGA